GACGCAUUUUAAGGAACGAUAGUCUGUCUAAUCUAAACUCUUUUAUUCAUUUUGUUUUCGUUCCCUUGCUGUAGGCUGUAUUGAGUUUAAACUGGCCCAUCUCACUUUCUCUAUAUGCUGCAGUGUUAUAAGAAUAACGAAGUAAAAUCAGUCUGUGGAACAGCCUUGAGGCUCUUUAUAAUUAGAUACAAUUUACGACUAUUUCUGUCUAAAAUAAUUUAGCAGCAAUGGUCUUUGUGAUUGUGUGGUUAUCGAUACCGUUUUAAUAGAAUAUAAUGGUAUAGGAAUUUGUGGAAAAUCCCAAAGCAGUGCGGAAAGAUCAAACAUAACAAACCACAUCCAAACGUGUCCUGUUCUCUAACGAGGAACCGUAAAAGCAGUAAGAACUGAGGACUAAUCAUAUUGAAACUGUUAACGAGUGAUUCGCUCUUUCAACUAUUUUACCGAAACGACUUUUAUCGACGCUAUAAUGUUUAGCCUAUAUGAACAAACAUUUCUGAAACGUGGCUGCAUUUCUGUUACAAGUAGGCUAGGCUACCGAAAGAAUGAGCUUUUAUCCGAGUGCAGCACAUUUAAUCGGCACUUCCACAAUGCGAGUCCGUACAGUGAGUCUGCGGGGCGGCAUUAAAGUCAGCAGAAUGACUGAUAAGGAUGCAGAUUUCCACGGAAAAAUAAGGACUGUUUAAUAGACUGGCUAUCUUGGAAUUUCUGGUCGGACAGUUUCUUAUAUCAAUUUUAUCCGUUUUGGAUGAUGGAUGGCCGAGAUUUCGGCCCCCCCAGAUCCGUUCAUGUACCCUCGCCUUUGCUGUCGGGGCUGGCUAUGGAGCCACACCGACUCGGAGCAGCCGCUGCUGCCGGGAGAAUACCUCCAUCCCCAGGCCAUGUGGGUACGGGGCACCCGGCACCGCUCCAUACUGGAAAAUAUUUGUCAUCGGCCAUGAAUCUCCACUCUCAUCACGGUGAUGCCUUCCCAGGUGGCUCCAGUCCAUUUCUCAGCAGUUAUGUGAGCGGUGGGCUUGCCAGCUCCGCCCCUCACGGCAGCCCCGCCCCCAUGGCCUCCGACCCCUCCUUCAGAACCCCCACCCCCUCAAACCUGCAGAUGGCGCAGCUCUGGGCAUCCCAUCCACAUGAGGACCUCCUUCAGCAAAGCAUUUACAAAUCAUCUCAAUGUUACCCCCACCUGCCCAGCAGUUUGUACCCCAGUCCUUACAUUCCAUUGGCGCACAUGGAGCACCCGAGCAGUGGCAGCCCCCUUCUCGCCCAGCUGAGCCAGCAUGCGCUGUUUGAAUCACAGAAAGAAGGUUUUUACCUCUCGGGCCAUGCUGGCCAGUCGGCCAUGCACUCCCAGCCAUCCAUCCCCAGGAUCCCCACCGCCCAUGUGCCCAGCGUCCUCUCAAGGGAAAAGGAGGCCCCGCCCCAUUCCAGGGCCCCCAAAGAUUCCGCCAGGGAAACCAGCAGGGAAAAAACGUACAAGAGUGAACAUGCCCACCCCGUCUCUCGCAGGGACAGGGACAGGGACAGGGAAAGAGACAGGGACCGCUACGCAGACAGAGACAGAGACCGGGACAGAGACAGGUCUAAAGAAGAACCUAGGCCCCACAGCGUGGUGGACCUCACGCACGACGUGAAGGUGGAGGGAGAGCGGAAACAGGGCAGCUCAGAUAGGCUUUUCAAGAGCAGGGAGCACACGCCACCAUUCCUCCGCGAGCAUUCGCCCAGUCUGGCUGCCGCGGAACCAAAGUCGAAGAACCCUCUGCAGACCUCCUCGCUCAGCAACUGCAUCAGCAGCUGUGGCCCCUCACUGAGGUAUGAGGGCACAGACCAGGAGAGGUGUGCCAAAGACUUUGGUCAGCACGACGAAAACAUACGGCCAGGGACCCACAUACACACAGACAAGUUGAAAAAAUGUGACUCGGUUGUGACGUCAGUCGGCACUUUACACGUUUCCUGUAGUUGUACAUCCCCUCACAGUAGCACCUCGCAGCUCCCUCCCAGACUGGUGUCCUCUGGCACGUGCAGUUCUUCUCACCACGUGCCGUCCAGCAUGUACCCCGUCUACUCUGUGGCGAAGGAGCCUGGGAAGGAACACAAAGUGAUCGCGCCCACAUUUGUGCCUUCUGUUGAAAUUUAUGACGAGAGAAACGGGCCAAUACAAAUAGCUUCACAGGCUCGAGAUAACAAAAACGACAAAAACAGGGAAAAAGACUGUAACCGAUCAGGGGGGCUGCAGGUUGGGGGUGAAAGGACUUUUUUGGAUCCUGCAUGGCCACCUCACAUGCAUGAAUCUCCAACUCAUGGUGACGUGAAGAGAGCAGACAUGUUCAGGGAAGAGGGCUCUGUUAUCAGGUCAAACUCUUCGGCCAUUAAGCGGGCUCCGCCCUCCGAAAUGUACGUGAGCAAAUCAGGCCACAGCCCAGACUCCAGAGACUUUCUCUUAACCAGCAACACGUCCAAAGAAAUGAUAAAAAUGGGUUUGGAGGCUGAAUCUCGUGGCCAGGAACAAGACAGGGUUCCAAGAGCUUCUGUGUGGAAUGCUGGCAGAAUGUACAAUGGCGUGGACCCUGCCAGGAUCCACAUGGAGCAGCACCCACUGAAGAGCUCUACCCCUGCGGAGCCCAAAUGGAAGCCUUUCCAAAUGGGUAACUACGCCACCAGCCACAUGGCAGCGUUGGUGGCCCAGCAUGGGCCCGGAAGCCGGGCUGAGGAAGAAGGGAAGGGCCUGUACCUGGACUCCUCCAGCCUCCACAGGCCAGCAGGCGGGGGCCCCUCGAGGGGCAGCGGCGAGGGCCUUCACUCGGGGGCCCACGGGGAGGUCUCAGCCAUGCAGAGCCUCAUAAAGUACAGCGGAAACUUCACUAAGGAGUCUAACUCCAAGCACAGCUCAGGUGUCAGGAGCCCCUUCGGCGGCCUGGGUAACAUGAAGCCUGAUGCUGGUCAGCCCGGGGCACCCAAAGUCCAGCACCUUCCACCCCAGCAGCCUGGAAAACAACUGAAGAGGGACCCCGAGCGCCCCGAGAGCGCCAAGUCCUUUGGCCGGGAGAGCAUCGGCCCCCAGGGGGAGGUGGAGGUUCGGCAUCCGCCAGUAGGGAUCGCAGUUGCCGUGGCGCGUCAGCGGGACAGUGGCAGUAAGCCCAGUUCCAGCCUCAGCGACAGGGAGAGAGCCCUCCCCCUGGGAAGCAUCAAAGGUCCAGGCCGCUCUGAGGAGGACCGUAGGGACGACCCCAGCCAUCAUCGAGAGGACCGUCUCUUGACGGGCCGUCUGGAGCGCGAGCAGGAGAAGCUUCUGCGAGAGAAUAAGGAGCUGGCAGAGCUGACUCAGAUGCACCCACCCAUGGGGCCCUCCAGCGCUUUGAAUCCUAAUCUGAUGGUGACUGGUGGACCGGUCCUCACGGCCCCUGGACGAUGGCCUGCCGACCACCCAUCCCAGCUGCCCCCCAGCCCCUGGAUGCACCGCACAGGCAGCCCGUCCAUGUGGCUCCCCGGUUCCCCCUAUGGGCUCGGCCACUCGUCCCUCCAUCAAGGCCUGCCCCCAGGGUACCCCCCUCCCCUGCCCGGCUCCAUCCCGACACCGUACCACUUCGCCCGGGACCCCCAGUCAGGACAGCUGCUGGUCAUUCCCACAGAGCACCUCCCACAUUUUGCAGCCGAUCUGAUGGAUCGCGGGCCCCCGAUGUGGCCGGGGAUGUACCCUCCAGCAGGCAGCUCCCUGCAGCACGCCCAUCAGCUGCAGUUCCUCUCCCACCAGCAGCUGCUGCGCCAACAGGAGCUCUACAUGAUCCAGCAGCAGGCUGCCCAGGUCAUGGAGCUGCAGAGGAGUGCCCAGCUGGUGGAGCGGUUAAAGGUGAAUGAACAGAGGGCCGAGCUAGAAGACAAACCUGCCAAGAGAAGCAGUGAAAGUGCCAAACAGGGUCUCCUGGCCCCCCCUCCUGCAGCUCUGCAUUCCCAAAAACCGCCGUCCCGAUCCCCUACGCCCUCCACCUCCUACGCCAAGGCCCUGACGCCUCUGCCCAUCACGCCGCUGCCCUCCCCGGGCACCACCCUCAAGUUGGAGAGCCAGCAGAAAGCGGAGUCUCCGCUGCCCCGGCCGUCCUACUCCCGCUCCUCCACCCCUCCUCCACAUACCCCCAGCCCCGCCUCUGCCUUGCCCCCACCGCCCCCACCCAUCCCUCCCAAAGAGGAAUCCCUUGAAGACAUGGAGAAGAAGAAGCUGGAUGUGCAGAACCAGGCUCCCACACCCUUCCGAGGUUUAUAUCCUGAAAUUCCUCCCGGUUACCCCUACCAAUCGAUAACCGCUCCGUUCGGCAGUCACUACCCCUACCUCCUCCAGCCGGCUGCGGCGGCGGAUGCCGACGGGCUGGCGCCGGAUGUGCCGCUGCCGACGGAGGCCCCCGAGCUCUCGGACCCCUCAGCGGGAGUCAAAGCGGAGCGCCUGCUCUCCCCCGCUGUGGCCGAGCUCCCCCGGACCUCCGGGGAGGAGGAGCCGGGGGAGGACAGGGGGGCGGUGCUCAAGGAGGAACCAGGCCUGGAGGACAGCAAGGAGCUCCUGAACCAGGCCAGUCUGGGGCCUCUGCACACUGGCAUGGCUCUGCUACCAGUCACCAGCCAGGGCCACCAUGUGGUACCUGAGCAAGAGAGCCACUCCACAGCCAGGAUUCUGCAAGCAGAAGCACAGGAGGAGGAAGAGCACCAAGAGGAAGAUGGAGGGAAGGUGAAACUAGAAGUAUUAUCCAUCCAAACCUGCCAAGCUUCUCAGCAAGUGACUGAAUCGGUCUCAGAGAUGUUGCCUGAAGCCAAGGCCAGGAAUGGGACGUUCUGCACCAUUGACGCCCCAACACAACCCAGCGAGCCCCAAGCUGAAAUGCAGCAGCCGGAGGAGACACUCUCCCCACCUGGUGAGGCAGAUCUGGAGAGCGAGGCGACAGACCUGGCGAUGGAGCGCUCGAACGAGACCGAGCUCCUCCCUGAGACCAGGCCCUUCGCACCCUUCACUCAGGGCCCCCUGGACAUCCGGCCUGAGGAUCCCAUGGCGGGCAUGAUGGCUUUGGUGACGGCCAGCGAGCUGCCUCAGGCCUGCUCCCUGCUGGCCCUGCCAGGAACCCUCAGCCCGGCCCCGCUCUGCCCCGCCAGCUUCUUUCCCCUGGAGACCAGCGCUCUGGAGGGCAUCGCCCUGCUGAGUGAAAUCGCUGAGCUGGAACUGCAGAGGCGCCAUCAUGAGAUGCAGUGUGCGGCGCUCUGCGGGCUGGAGAGCCUCCUGCUGGCUGGCAGGCAGGUGCUGCUGGAGGCGACGGACAGCGAGCCGGCCGUCACCAUCCGUCUCCCGCGAGAGCUCAACCCCAACAAGAGGUACAGCUGGAUGCAGAAGAAGGACGAGUCGCUGUUCUCCAUGAAGUCGUCUAUGGACAGGAUGAACACCAUGGAGGUGGACUACCGCAUGAGGCUGGCCGAGCUGCAGAGGAGGUACAAGGACAAGCAGAGGGAGCUGGUGAAGCUUCAGAGACACCGGGAGUCUGAGGAGAAGCAGGAAGAGAAGAACAGGAGUUUGUCUCGCAGAGGUCCAGGAAGGCCCAGGAAGAGGAAGCACAGCAUUUGCAUUUUUUCGCCACCUGUCGGAAAACCGGACCCCAAGUUUGGAAAGUUUGGCCGGAGUGUGUUCCUGUCUGAAGACUCUGAGACUGGUGAAGGGGCGAGGAAGCGGUUUCGGGGACCCAAUCCUGAUGAUGAUGAUGAGAUGGACAGGGAUGGAGCUGUGAAAAUGAAGAGAAAAAGCAAGGGCUGGAAUGAAAACGAGGCAUCCUCAAGUUAUCCUCCACAGAUGCUGAUGAAAACCAUCAAAAGGAAGAAAGUGAGUGAACAAGAGCAGUUGGCAAGCAAGCUGGACAAGGCCUUGUCUCUCACCAAACUGGGUAAACCCCACAAGUCCCCUUUUAAGUUUGCAGAUGAACCCUCAGGGAAAUCCAAAGCCAGCUCAGGGAGCUGCAGCAAGCUGCUCAUGCUCCACGAAGUGGGGAUGAAAGGCAAGGAAGGCACAAAGAGCCACACCAAAGGCCUCAGCCUCUUCCAGAAGCCUUCCAAAGGAGGUAAAAACAAAAUGGCAGCUAAAACAAAGAACCUGGAGCCCUGCCUAAAGGUGAAAGGUCAGCUGAAGCCAUCAUAUUCUCCUGCACGGUCUGAAUUGAGCAGCUACUCAUACAAUACGGACUCGGAGGAGGACGAUGGAUCGCUGAAAGACGGUUGGCCGCCUCGCUCUAUGCUGGGCAGACCGGGAUCGCGGGUGCGAGGGUCCGGCCUGUGCAGCGAGGCAUCGAAGAAGAGCCGCCCAUCGUCGAAGAGGGGCGGGGCGUCGGGAACACUUGUGUCCACGCAGGCGCUCGUCAAGACAAAACACAAGCACUUUGCCUUACUGCUGCAGGAGGCAGAGGCCCGCUCGUCCUUCACUGACUCCUCAGAGGACUCGUUCGAUCAAGACUUCUCAACGGAAAAAGAUGAUGAUGAUGAUGAUGAUGAUGAUGACGAUGACUAUGAGGACGAGGAGUAUGACUGUGAGCUGUAUGCGAGCGAUGGACCUUGUCUGGAAGAGAGUGGCUUGGGGCUCCUGGCCCGGUUUGCGGCCAGUGCAAUGCCCAGCCCCAUCGUCUCCACCCCUCUCUCCAUCAGCCAACAGAAAGCCAAGAAAAAGGACGAGAGGCAAAGCUUUCUGGGUGCGGAGUUUGAGUUCACCGAUUCAGAGAGCGACGUCAAGUUCAGGAAGAAGUUCCCGUCCCUGCUGCACGGUAAGAGGGCUGCUCCGGAGCUCCCCCUGCUGCCCCCGGUGAGCGCGCUGCAGGAGGACUCCAGCCCCGGCCGGCCCAGGAUGAGCGAGCGGGGCCGGAAGCCCAGGAAGGCGUGCUCGCCCCGGGAGUUCAGCUUCGACUUCGGGCCGGAGCCCAGCGACGAGGACCGCUGGACGCGCCGGAGGAGUGAGCGCAUCUUCCUUCACGACGCCGCCGCCGCCACCUCCACGCCGGCCUCCCCACCGCCCAAGAGCCCCCCCGGCCUCGCGCCCAAACCCGUCCGCUGCCCCAAGACCCCGCUGCAUAGCCCCAAGAAGGAGGUUGCCAAAGCCAAGGAGGUGAAAGACAUUGGCAAGAAGAAGAAGGGUAAAGAGACCCCCGUGUGCCUGCCUUCCCCCCUGCCCUCCAGCCCCUCCUCGGAAAGCUGUUUGGCGCUGAACUGUUCCCCACUCAGCCCUGCGCGUAGAAUCAAGGCCAAACCCAAACCCAGAGAAGUCAAGAAAGAGCAGGUUCGUGGGAAGGGAGGGGCGGUCAGUAAACUUAUGGAGAGCAUGGCUGCUGAUGAGGACUUUGAGCACAGUCAGGACAGCAGCUUCUCCGAAGAUGAGAGCAUCCCACUGAGUACCCCGUCUGACCGGCCCAGCACGCCCGCCCCCCGGAAUUGCGUGAUUGACAAGGAUGAGCUGAAGGACGGUCUGCGGGUCCUCAUUCCCAUGGAUGACAAACUGCUGUACGCUGGCCAUGUCAACACCGUUCACUCCCCAGACAUAUACAGAGUGGUGGUGGAGGGGGAGCGAGGAAACAGGCCUCACAUCUACUGCCUGGAGCAGCUGCUGCAGGAAGCUAUUAUCGACGUGAAGCCUCCUUCCGUCAGGUACCUCCCAGAAGGCACAAGGAUCGCAGCCUACUGGAGCCAGCAGUACCGCUGCCUGUACCCAGGGACAGUGGUCAGAGGAAAUUCUGAUGUAGACAUGGACGAUGACUUAAUAGCGGUGGAGUUUGACGAUGGAGACACGGGCAGAAUUCCCCUAUCACACAUUCGGCUGCUCCCUCCCGACUACAAGAUCCAGUGUGCUGAACCCUCUCCAGCUCUCCUUGUACCCAGCACAAAGAGACGUGGCAGGAAGUCCAGUAAGGAUGUGGCUGAUAACAAGGAGGUGUGCACCCAGACCCCGAAAGAACCUGUUCAAAAGAGCAAGGGGCGAGGAAGAAAACCCAAACCUAAACCAGCGCCUGAAUCUCUCCCAGAAGAUCACAAGCAGGUGGAAGCGUCCAUCUUUCCCGAGACUCCAGAGAGGCCUCUGUCCACCAGGGGACCAGGACCCAGGCCAAGCAGAAAAUGCCAGCAGGCUAACACUGCUGGCUCUUCUGUCCCAGUGCCUAAUGAACAGCAGAAGAAAGUUGCCAAGGCUCCAGCCAAAGUCAGCUCCCAGAUGCAAGCAUCCUAUACACCCCCCCUUUAUGGCAAGGUCCUGUCAGUGGAUCUCUACAAGGACCUGUCAUGUCCACUGGGUUCGUUUCUGCACGGUGACAGCAGCAGCCAAGGAAAAGUCAAGUUGGUCAAGAAAGGAAGGAAGAGCGAGGAGCACCAGGAGACAAUGGGGUCCAUCAUGAAGAUGCAGAGGAAGCAGCCUGAGUCUGAGAUACUUAUCAAGCUGGAUCAUGAGGGUGUGAUGUCCCCUAAAACCAAGAAGACAAAAGCCCUCAUGAUGAUGGAGGACCAUAGCCUUUCCAAACGGGAAAACAAGCCAGUGCUGGGCAUAACAUACACCCCUGUACUGUCAGCCGAAGCUAAGCAGAAGGUACCCAAGACCAAAGCCCCAGAGAAGAAGGAGGAAAGUCCUAAGGCUGGUGCAGUAUCCACCUACAGCAUUGGGAUACUGGGUGGCAGUGGAGAUGGUCUAGUGAAGGUUAAGGAGCCCAAGGCAAAUGAGGAAGAGGAGUCCAAUUGCAGCAGCAGCAGCACCUGCAGCUCAGAGUCUGAAAGAGAGGAAGAAGAGCAGGUGCAAGAGAAGGAGAAAAAAGAGGGAGAUCCAUCCACCAGCUCCAGGACCUCUAGUCCGGUCUCUUCCAACUCCUCCAGCUCCUCAACCAGCAGUUCUUCGUCAUCCUCAUCUUCCUCAUCCUCUGGUUCCAGCUCUUCCUCUUCAUCCUCAUCUUCCUCCUCCACCACAUCAGAUGAAGACUCAUCAUGCAGCUCGGACGAGGAGGCCUCUGCUGCACCCCAGUCCUCUCCCACAGCCCAGCAGACUCCGCCACAGGCAGAGGAGCAGCAGUCCAGCCAAUCUGAAGCCCAGGACCCUCCUCUGUCCCCAGCCAAGAGCCAGAAGCUUCCACAGAAACAGCAGAAACAACAAAAACAGCAGCAAGGCAAGAGCCAGCCCAAGAAACGAGAGGGCAUCCACCUACCCACCACCAAGGAGCUGGCCAAGCGCCAGAGGCUACCCUCAGUGGAGAACAGGCCCAAGAUCGCUGCCUUUCUCCCAGCAAGGCAGCUUUGGAAAUGGUUUGGAAAACCCACACAGAGGCGGGGAAUGAAAGGAAAGGCUAAGAAGCUUUUCUACAAGGCUAUCAUGCGUGGGAAGGAGAUGAUCCGCAUUGGAGACUGUGCCGUGUUCCUCUCUGCCGGGCGACCCAACCUGCCAUACAUUGGCCGCAUCCAGAGCAUGUGGGAGUCAUGGGGAAACAACAUGGUGGUCAGGGUGAAGUGGUUUUACCACCCUGAGGAAACCAACCCGGGGAAGAAGCUUCAUGAUGGAAAGGUCUGGGACCAGAAAUCUACACGGGGGCUCCCAGCAGCACUACAGCUCUCAAACCAGAGGAAGGACUUUAUGGAGCGUGCCCUGUACCAGUCCUCCCACAUCGAUGAAAAUGACGUGCAGACAGUCUCUCACAAGUGUCUGGUGGUCAGUCUGGAACAGUAUGAACAAAUGAUUAAAACCAAGAAGUACCAGGACAGCGAGGAUCUGUACUACCUGGCCGGGACCUAUGAGCCAACUACUGGGAUGAUUUUCAACACAGAUGGAGUUCCCAUCAUCUGCUGAAUAUGCCCCCAGCCUCCCUGAAUGACCCAGCACCAAUUGUCCACCAAAGCUGAUGAGUCUUCAGGAGUAGAACAAUGUAGUGACGGCUGCAGGGAAGAGACCAGCUUUGAGUAAUAAUGGGAUUUCUGCUCAAGGACACAACUGACUUUGAAGCCUUCCUAAGGUUUAUGGGUCAGUGGUGAAAGGGAAUAUCAUUAUGGAUGUGGAGUGUAAGUACUGCAUAAGGCCCCUUCACAGAAGGUGAACCCUUGGCUACUUUGAACUAGGUGACAUUCAAAGGUGUCUCUGGAACAUAGUCUCUAUUGCUCAGGGACCCAUCACCUGGAUACUGGGAAUUUAUGUGACAGAGUGAAAAUUAAAUCAAUAGCAGCUCACAGUAUGCUUGUAUGUGUGCACAUGUGUCUAUAUAUAAAUAUAUAUAUAGAAUGAUGAGUCCUUGGAGGCAUGACAACAUUCAGAUGGCAAAUGGCAGCCUUUGGAAAGGUAAUUCAGUAGACUUGUCAAGCAGGACAUUUUAACCAGUUCAUGGAGUGAAGAAGACUUGGAUCAUUUGUAUCCAGCUGUAAGGAAGCAUGGGAGGAGAGAUGCCAUCCUCAUUCCUCCAUUCCCUUUGCAUGCUGGGAUUGUGGCAGUGGUGCGUAAAAGUUGAAGCGGUGGGGAAAAGGUGUCACAAACGUCUGUGAGGCAAAGCACAUCUAUGCAGCUCAGGCCCUGAGAUGUAGAGCACCCCAGACCACCACCACCAGCAGUACCUGCAGAACCUAAAUCAGAGAUGACACCUCUUAGGAGAACUUGAACAUCUUGGAGGCCAGAGGUUACCUCAUAAUGAUCCUCGGGCUUUUUGGAGCCUAGCAUCCGACCUAUAGAAUGAUUAACCAGACAUGACAAUGCAUGGUAAACUGAGAAAAUAAACCCACCAGGAAUGAUGACAUCAUCAUCAUCAUCCUCACUGUCAUCUUUUAACCUUCUGGAAAAAAUCAUGGCAUUUUAAAGAAGAAAGACUUUUAACAAGCAUUGACAGAUGUGUCACAAUCAUAACUCACUGAUUUUCUGCCACUGACCAGACAAUAGCCUCCGUAAUGCCUAUCAACAACACUAAUCUUGAGAUUUGAGGACAGCAGAGACUCAAUUCAAGCACUUUGAAAGGAACCACUCCCAUCACGCAUGAACACUGGAGCAGGCCAAAAUCUUUUGGACUGUGCGAGAGAUCGGUCUGCUCGUUGUUACUUUAGUUUGUUUCAUUGCAAAGGUUAGCACAUGCUUUCCAUUGUGCAAAACCCAGAAAGAGGAAGAAAAGAAAUUUGCCAGCAUAUUCAUUAUGAUUUAUAUUCCUUAAGACAUGAGUCAGGAUGAACUGAAGUUGAAGGGAUCCUAAUAUUUUGUAUAUACUACAUAUAAAGAUAUACAUUGUAUUGUUUUCAUGUACUAUAUAGUUAAAAAAAUCUUUUUAAAAGAAAAGCUUUAUAAAACUGUGAAUAAUAUCUGAAGAAAAAAAAUCAGGAAACCUAAAGAUGAGGAUGUUGCUUAAUCUUGUUGCUGGAUCUUAACUUGGACAGCACACAAUGUUUAACUAAUUGUAUUACAGGACAGAAUACAGGGGAAAUGUGUUCUAGUACACUUAACAGUAUUCAGCAGCUACUUUGAGAGACAAGAAUGUACAACAGAAAGCACUUAUCCACUGCCCAAGGCCUUGUGUAGAAGACAAUUCUUAAAACUCUUAAGACAAUCUAGAGCGUAGGAUGUGAUUUGCAGGUAUUUUACCUUUUACUUUGUCGAAGCAUGUUUGAGUAGGAUGGGAUUCGCAUUUAAAGUGCCGUCUUUCCUGUCUUCACUACCGUGUAUGGUUCAUGCCACUGCAGGACGAGAGGGACAGGACACUUUUGUGAAUUUAAACUUCGCAGCACCUAGUUUUGCUUCAGUCAUACGCAGCUUGUUUCCUUCCCCAUUGGUAAACCCCAGACAUGCCGCCAAACACUAUUCUCUUGAGGGAAAAAAGCACUUUCAUAAAUAACAGCCCAAGAACAAAAUAAAUUACCAGUAUGAAUAGUUGGAAACUUUGAUGCAUGAAAUUGAGAGGGACUCUGAAACGUCCCAUCAUAUUACAAUGUAAUAUUUAGCUGCCUUUCUACCUGCGCAUAUUGUAUAGCACUUAAAAGAUUUUCCUAGAUUUUCCACAUUACUUAUGGUAAUUAUAAAAUAUGCCUAUGUUAAAGCCUUUAUUUCAUGCUUAGAAAGUAUUUCCUAAUUUGAAACUGAUCUUUUGUCUUUCUGUGAAAGUCCACUUUGAUGUAGUUCAUUGUAUAUAUGGCCCUUUACCUAAUGUAUUGUAAUCCAAAGAGAGCAUCGUUCAUCCCCAGAGCGUCUUGUCUUUUGUAUACUACUGCUGGGAACCAGUUUCUUUAAUUGCUGCACUUCCAAUCAAGACCAAUCAAAUACAUUUAACUCCGAACUAUUUUUGUUGUUUUUCUUUGUCACCCUGAUGUAUAGUUUUGAUUAAAUGUAUGUGCUUUGCUAUAUAUGUGCCUGAUAUUACCUAAUGCAUGUGUGUUGAUUUCAUUAUAUUGUUGUAAUAACAGACAAUAGAUUUAUUUUUUAUAAACAAUUUUAAAUUACUUUUAUUGGGACUAUUGAGUUAGUUUUAAAAAGAAAAGCAGGCAUAGAAAUAUGAAAUGUGAAUUCCAAAAAGGUUUAAAUGUGCAGAAAAAAUUAUAAUUGCCAUCCCACUCAUCAAGAAUUUAAACUGACAGGUCAAUUUUGCAAACUGAAUAUGUGGGAUGAUUAAAGUGACAGGACAAAUUAGGACAAUACGUGUAUCACCCUGAGUAAAUGUCAUUUACAUCAAGUUAAACAUGUCAUAAACUCAGAUUUUUAAAAUGAAUUUCUAAAAUGCCACAUAUUCUUAUUUAGUGCAUUUUCUCCAGAAAGAACAUUUCACGUUUUGAUUAAUGCUAUUUAUAAAUUUACCUUUCUCUCCUAUUUGAAACUCAUCAGACUGUCAGCCAUGGUAUUAAGUCCUAAUGCCGUUUACAUCAUUUUAUUUAAAUGUUUAUUUUUAAAAACAGUCAUGUUUUAUACAUCUGAUUCUGGCCCUUUUGUGAUUCAUCUUGCCUUUGUUUUUUGAUUCAUGAGGCUAUUUUAUAAGAAUAUGUGCUUUCAGGCACAUUAUUUUUCAUUUUAGCUGAUGUGUCUCUAACAUAUGUAUAAAAUACAGUUUGAUAUAGAUAUUAUUUAAGUGUUAGUGUCCUACUCUAAAUAUUUCAGUAGGUAUAUUUGUCCAGCUUAUAUUUUUCUUUUAACAUUGUCAGAGUACGAAGCCUUAUAUUUUAAUUGCUAUAAGUGCCCCUAAAAGGAUAUUUAUUCACAAUUUGAGGAAAAAUGUAACUCCCUUAUAUUUGGUGUGAUUUAUUUGAACAUAAAAUUAUGCUACAUAGUAACGAUAUGACCACAGAGUGAGCUCCACAUUUCAUGCGCUUGAAGAAUGCGCUUUAAAACCUAGUUAGCUAAUGUCCUGUUGUGAGUAAUGUUUUGCCAUCACCUUGUCUCAUCGAGCUUGGUUGUACAAUUAGAUGCAUGUCAGAAUGUGGAUGUAUCCGAAGCUUCUCUCACUUAAUGCUAGCCUCAGAGUUUCCCUGCGGCCCGUCGCCAUAUGGAGUCCUGCUGUACGUUCACUACAGUUUCCUCUGUAAAUCUGUGGAGGGCCUUCAGGAUGGGUGAACAGGGCCCUAUUAGUCAUUCUUGCUUCCUCUCAAAUGACCAGUUUGAGAGGGCUGGAUCAUUGAAAUGGUAUUAUCUUCUCACAAGGGUGGAAGAGAGCAGGAGAGACCAGGGACACCAUGUUGGCCAUACAAGCAUCUUCAGGUUGAUAAACUCACAAAAAAGAAUGUAUUUUUCAUAUGUGAGUCUUUGAAAAAUACUUGAAAUGCAGAUAUAUAAGACAGUGUCUGUGUGGCUGACAUACUACCAGUAUAGCACUGACUCCAAAUAUUUUAUUUGUGAUGUACUGUGGAGGUUUAUUCACUACUUAUCAAGUCCGCACUACCAUACAGUAUCACAGAAAGAUUGAAAUGUGUAUUUUGUGCAUACUGUAUGCAUUAUUGGAUGUAUUUGGAUUUUUGGAAGUGUAUUUUAAAUUAGUAGGAUGCUGUCUUAUAUUCAUUUUAAUUUUAGCACCCAUUUUCCUCCUAUAACUGUAACGUAACAGUCCCGCUCUGAUUAAUGUGCAAUACUGCUGAUGGGGGUCCUCUGAGGUAGCUGCUAGUGGGGAUGCAAUCCAUGGAGAUAGAGGAGAAAGAAGAAUGUGUAAAUGAGUGUAGACUGGAGGCUGGUCCCUCGCUGGUCUUUGCUCCAUUGUUCCUUCACCAUCGAUAAGGUCCUGUGUUACGAGCUGUUACAAAUGAUUAGAAAAGAAGCUUAUUUUGGAAUUUUAAGAGCAUCAGUGUUUUGUAAAUGAUCUUAUUUUGGGGAGGGCGAUAUCUUUGUAUAAACACUUAAUCAUGUAAAAAAAAAAAAAAAAAAAAAACCUGAAAGAAAAAAAAACAAGCCUGUGUGGCUCACGUGUACAAUUCAUGUAAGUGGAACUUUUUUUUAAUGGAUACUACAGUUUUACAAUGUGUUCCUUUUAAAGCAUUUUAGUAACUCAAGAUUUUAUAGUUUACCCAUCAAUAAACUGAAAGAAAAUCCUCGCUGUGAA